CGACCCGCGUGGCCUCACCCCGCGUCCCCCACGUCCGUGCGUCCAUCCCGACCCUGUCCCCUCCCCUGCUGACCGCCGCGUGUCCCCACAGGGAGGAGAAAUCCGAGGAGAACCUGCAGCGGCCGCCCAAGGCCAAGAAGCCCAAAAAGGAGCGCAAGGAGCCGGAGCAGCCCGCGGCCGAGCCCGCCGAGGCCGGCAAGGCCGAGAGCUCGGAGGGGGCCGGGGCGGCGCCGGCGGCCCCGGAGGCGUCGGCGUCGCCGAAGCAGCGGCGCUCCAUCAUCCGCGACCGCGGGCCCAUGUACGACGACCCCACGCUUCCCGAGGGCUGGACGCGCAAGCUCAAGCAGCGCAAGUCCGGCCGCUCGGCCGGCAAGUACGACGUCUACCUGAUCAACCCGCAGGGAAAAGCCUUCCGCUCCAAGGUGGAGCUGAUCGCCUACUUCGAGAAGGUGGGGGACACCUCGCUGGACCCCAACGACUUCGACUUCACCGUCACCGGCCGGGGCAGCCCCUCGCGCCGCGAGCAGCGCCCGCCCAAGAAGCCCAAAUCGCCCAAAGGCCCCGGCACCGGCCGCGGCCGGGCCGAGGUGUCCCCCCGCCCUUUCCCCCCUCCCCCCGUCCUCGGGAGUGCCCUGGAAGUUGUGACGUCACGCCACGAUGCCAUUCCCGAUUGCGACGUCAUCACCCCGAUGACGUCAUCGCGGACUAGGGGGCGGGCCGUUCUCUCAGGCCCCGCCCCUUUUCCCGCCUUUGCGCCCCGUUCCGCCACGCUCAAGAUGGCGCCGUUGCCGCGGUAA